AUGUGAAUGUAGCAGCUAGCUGGGCUAAUCACGACUGUAUUGUGGUAGAAUGAUAGUUGCUUAAGCAGAACCGCCCUUAUGAUGAACUUCGACGGUCUGGACCCGGGACUGGGUGACUACGCGGCCGGGCUGCACGAGGGCCUGGAGCCCGGGCUGGACUCGACCCUGGACCCGGCGCUGCUGCAGGCCGUGGAGCUCGACCCGGACGCCAUGGCCGUGCCUGUGACCGAGGGCAUGUACUCUGAGCUGCACAGCGUGGCAUCCGAGGUCGGAGUUCCGGUCACAGCGACCCACUUCGACUUGCACGAAGAGCUUCUAUGGAUCGGGAACCACCGGGGACACGCAAGCUCCUUCUUUGGGCCCACGAUGGGACGUUACUCCUCUUUCCAGGUUCACCUUGCUGACGACAUCCGCCACAUUCAGAGCAUGGACACCGGCGUCCUGUUUCUGACUAAGAGUAACCUCAAGUGCCUUACACGCGGAGGCCUCGUCAUGUUUGACUACCCGAUGGAAGAGGGUGCUGACAUGCACAGUUUGCUGCUCACUGACAAUAACACGCUGCUGUUGGGAGGGUUGCAGAACUACGUGACCGAGGUGGAUCUAAACACCGUGCAGGAAACGCAGAAAUUCACGGUGGAGAUCCCUGGUGUUGCCAUCAUGAGGCAGUCCAACCGUUUCUUCUUCUGUGGACAUACGUCAGGAAAGGUGUCUUUGCGAGAUCUGCGCACCUUUAAGAUGGAGCACGAGUUCGACGUGUACUCGGGCAGCCUCUCUGACUUCGACGUGCAUGGCAACUUGUUAGCAGCAUGCGGUUUCUCGAGCCGUGGCCUCAACGGCCUGUCAUGUGACCGCUUCCUAAUGGUGUACGACCUGCGCAUGAUGCGAGCUGUAACCCCUCUACAGGUCCAUGUGGAUCCACUGUUCCUCCGCUUCAUCCCUACGUACACAUCCCGGCUUGCCAUCAUCUCCCAGUCAGGACAGUGUCAGUUUUGCGAGCCCACAGGUCUGGCCAGCCUGGCUGAUAUUUUCCACGUGAACACAGUGGGCCAGUUGCUAAUGAGCUUCGACGUCUCGAGCAGUAAGCAAGCACUCGCGUUCGGAGACUACGGCGGCUGUGUGCACCUGUGGUCCAGCGCCCCGGACGUCUCCUUCAACGACUACUCCAGAGAGACGGAGCUGGCACUGCCGUGCCACGUGGACUCGCUGCCCCAGCUAGACUGGAACCAUGAGCUGGUGCCACUUUCUCUGGUGCCCGUGCCACUCACCAGUACAGAGGCUCUGCUCUCAGACUGGCCCAGCACUCUCAUCGCACCCAGCCCCAGACGUGCACCUCCAGUGGACCCAGAGAUUCUGAGGACGAUGAAGACGGUUGGAUUUAUUGGAUAUGCUCCGAACCCUCGCACGCGCCCCAGGAAUCAGGUUCCCUAUAAGAUAAAAGAGGUGGAGUUGGAGUAUGACAGCUAUAACCAGGUUCCAGAGUCUCCAAUCGGACGCGAUGUAGAGCCUCACCUUUACAUGGUGCCUAAGAAGUACAGAAAGGUCACCAUCAAAUACUCCAAAUUAGGGCUGGAGGAUUUUGACUUCAAGCACUACAACCGAACACUGUUUGCUGGUUUAGAGCCUCAUAUACCCAAUGCUUACUGUAACUGCAUGAUACAGGUGUUGUAUUUCCUAGAGCCAAUUCGCUGUAUGGUGCAGAAUCACCUGUGUCAGAAGGAGUUCUGUUUGGCCUGUGAGCUUGGCUUCCUGUUUCAUAUGCUGGAUCUGAGCAGAGGAGACCCCUGCCAGGCCAGUAAUUUCCUCCGGGCUUUCCGGACAAUCCCUGAAGCGUCAGCUCUCGGCUUGAUCCUGGCCGAUUCUGACGAGCAGACGGGAAAAGCCAGACUAGGUCGCCUAAUCCAGAGCUGGAACUGCUUCAUCCUUACACAGCUGCACCAAGAAACACAGGAACAGGAAGGGCCUCAGGCUUACAGAGGGACCAGCAGCACGUUGGGUUCCUCGGGCGAGUCAGUGAUCGGCAGGCUGUUCGGCUGUGAGGUGGAGAACAGCAGUCUGUGUCGCUGCGGGAAGGAGACGGUCCGCUCCUCACUCACCCUGCUCUUUACCAUGCACUACCCUGAGCAGAGCUCCUUCGAAAAAGUACCAGAAUAUGACUUUGCUGAAAUCCUGAAGAAAAGCAUCUGUCUCGAGCAGAGCACACAGGCCUGGUGCGAAAACUGUGAAAAAUAUCAGCCUACAGUGCAAACGCGCAACAUCCGCUGUCUGCCUGAUGUGUUGGUGGUAAACUGUGAGGUGAACAGUGUGAAAGAAGCAGAUUUCUGGAAAGCCCAAGCUGAGUACGCAUUCAACAAGGCGUUGAAGAAAGAAGCCGCGGAGCCGCCGAAGCCCAAAGAGCCUCUUCCUACAGAGUGGUGCUUAGAGGAUGAAGUCUACAGUGUGGAAGGUUUAACCAUUGACACGCGAGCAGAGGAUCUAAUGCACGUGUGGAUUCCUCAGAGUCUAAAGAUGUGCAUUAAUAAGACACACGGUCUGGAGGUGUGCAGCUGGGCCGAAACUGACGAGUUAAGUUCAGAGGAAGAGGCUGAGGGAGCCGCUAUAUACGACCUGGUGGUCACCGUGCCUCACAUUCUCGACCCCCGUACAGGCGGAAACCUGGUGGCGCAUAUCAAAGUGGGAGAGACGUACCACCAGAGGAAGGAGGGAGUCACACAUCAGCAGUGGUACCUUUUUAACGACUUCCUGAUUGAGCCCAUCGAUAAGAUCGAAACAGCUCAGUUUGAUUUAAAUUGGAAGGUGCCAGCUAUUAUUUACUACGCCAGGAGGAACUACCAUACUAAAUAUGACCUGCGGAUUAAAAACCCAAUCGAAGCCAAUGUACUGCUGACAGAAGCAUCGCUGGCCCGCAAACAGAGGAAGAGUCACGCCACCUUCAUCCCGCUGAUGGUUAGUGAGAUGCCUCAGGCUGGAGACCUUGUGGGACUGGAUGCAGAGUUUGUCACGCUUAAUCAGGAAGAGGCGGAGCUACGAAGCGAUGGCACCAAGUCCACCAUCAAACCGAGCCAGAUGUCCGUGGCUCGUAUUACUUGUGUGAGGGGACAGGGGCCCAGCGAGGGAGUUCCUUUUAUUGAUGAUUACAUUUCAACACAGGAGCAGGUGGUUGAUUACUUGACUCAGUAUUCUGGAAUCAAACCCGGUGACCUGGAUGCCAAGAUUUCUUCUAAGCACUUAACCACUCUUAAGUCCACUUACCUCAAACUCCGCUUCCUUAUCGACACUGGCGUGCGUUUCGUUGGCCACGGAUUACAGAAAGAUUUCCGAGUCAUAAACCUGUUGGUCCUGAAAGACCAGGUGAUCGACACAGUCUACCUCUUCCACAUGCCCAGGAAACGAAUGAUUUCCCUGCGUUUCCUUGCCUGGUAUUUCCUGGAUUUGAACAUUCAGAGUGAGACCCAUGACAGUAUAGAGGACGCGUGCACCGCUCUGCAGCUGUACAGGAAGUACUUAGAGCUGAGCCGUGGGGGGCAGGAAGAGUUCCGGAAAGUACUGAAGGGCCUCUAUGAAAAAGGACGUAAGCUAGACUGGAAAGUGCCAGAGUCUGACUCUGCAGACAGCCAGGGAAGCCCCAAAGGUACUGCUGUGUUCCCGUCAGUGCUCGGCUUAUGAUCUGAGUGAAACUCCUUUCGGAGCUUUACCAUUCCCCCUCCCCCGAAUGGACUUUUCUUCCUAUUUUUUUUUACUCAUCCAUUCAGACAUCGCUGAUGAAGUCCACCACUUAUCGCUUAUGUGCAUCGUCAUGCUGUUACUGUUUACACUGGAAAACAAAAACUGAUUUAUACCAAUGUUUUUGAAAAAAGAACAGAAAAAAUGUGAACAUGCAGUUGAAAAAAAAGGACAUGCCUUGUUGGAUUGGGAAGCAGUUCCCUUAAACCAACUUAAAGCACUAUUUUUAACCAAAAAUAAAAGUACAUGUAGAUGUCCACGCAUCCGUGUUACAGCUGCAGGUUUUUAUGAUGAAAAAAAAAAUGAAGCUAAAGUAAGUCAUUUCAGAUCUUUUUCCACCUUUUAAUCUGAUCUAGCAAACAAAAAUUUUAAAAGGUAACCUGCUUGCAUAUGUAAGUGCCACACCCCCCUUAACUUGCUCAGGCUCAGCGUCUACCAACUCAGUACAUCUUCAGUUGACAAUUUUAGUCCACUUUUCUUGCAAAAAUGCUUUAACUUGUGAUUUGAAGCUGAAGUGGACCUCCUGUGUCCUGCCCCACGAGUGGACCUUCUGUGUUUUGCCCCUAUUAAGUCGUUCCUUAAGCUAUCUAAGAGAGGCCUGCAGGUUUUUAUCACAUUUGUUUAAGACGAUCUGCUGACGUUAAAACCGAUUAGCAGUAUGGGGAAGUUUUUUUUCUGAAACUGCUGAUCUACUGGGAUAGCAACCAACCCAUAGCACCAUAGCAUGAUGCUGCCACCACCGUCCAUAGCUUCUUUAACCAUAGCUUCGUCCGUCAUGAGUUAAUUACCAUGAAAUUGUUCAUGACAGGUAUGUGAUUUGAUUUAAACUCAUGCAUUAGAAGGUGAUUGUUUAAUCCAGAGCGCACCCAGUCACAUAACCAGUUAUGAAAGUGUAUGCACAUGUAAGGAUUAAGGUUUUUGGUUUGUUUAUUUUUUUUUGUUAAUUUUUUUUUUCCAUUCAAAUUUGAUUAAGUCCUGUCUCGCAUUAAAGGUAGGAAAAGAUCUGAUCUGAUUACUCUUGGUAGCAUUUUCUUCCAUUUUAAAAACCUGCAGUUUUAACAGGGAUGUGUAGAAUUUUAUAUCCGCUUUGGCUAACAAACAAGAAGGCAUGUCAUACUCAGAUUGGCAUCUUCACACACUCGCGCCAGUCCGUUGUCAAGAGCUUCUUGUUUGACAUUUAAAAAUGCAUUGUAAAAGUUUUAUUUAUAUACCAAUAACAGCAUGCUUAAACUCAGAUAAUAUUUAAUUAAUUACAUUUGGAUAGACGGGUGAGUAUGGUGCCAUAUGUUUUGGUUAACUGACUACAUUCUAUGGCACAUUGCACUCCUGAUUUGAGUUUCCAAAAGUGUUGCAAAUUUAAAAUUAUUUUUAACUGACAAAAACUACACUGCAAAAAAUAUUAGCAAGUGAAAUAUUCUUGAAUCUUGCUAAACCUGUCUAUAAUUUCUUUAAAAACAAUAAGAACAAAUCAAAUAUAAGAUUAUUAAGCUUAUCUCUAGUCAAAUGUAAGUAAAAUUGCAAAAAAGAAAAUGUCUUGUCCUAUUGGCAAAUCAUUUUGCUAGUUUUUAGGAAUUUAUUUCUUGAAAGAAGCAAAACUAUCUGCAAACAGAAAGUUUACAAGACAUUUUUAUUUCACAAUUUUAGCAACAUUUGACCAGAAAUUAAUUUGAUAAUCUUAUAUUCGGUUCGUUGUAAUGUAGUUUCAAGAAAUUGUAAAUAGGUUUGGCUGGAUUCAUGAAUAUUUCACUUGCUAAGAUAUCAUAUUUUGCAGUGUGUUUAAUGUGAUUCUUGCUUUAUAUAUCUUAUUAUGAAUUUCAAGCUGCACAGCUUUUGGGGAAACUUCGUUCAGAAUGGUGCUAGUUCAAAUCUCAGCACUGCUUAUCUGACAACGUUGGAUGGACCUUUUGAGCAUGACCCUUAAGUCUCACCUCUUUAGCACAACUUUAGGCCAAAUUGAAUAAAGGUUACUGCCAAAUGAGUAAACAUAUAAGAGGAAGACUGGAAUCAUGCCCAGGGUGAUGACAAUUGCUACACCUAUGUGCCAAACUGCAUAUAUUUACAGUAUAUCUGCUUUCGUUUACUUAGCAAUGCACUGGUGGUGUUGGUCACUCCAGUCCUGGAGGACAUUUUAGUGUUUUCACACCUCCAGGGUUCGAGCUGACUUCGGGUUUUGUGUGAAUGGAGUUUGCGUGUUCUUGGUAGGUUUCCUUCAUGAAAUGCAGAUCAGGCUAAUUGCCGUUCCCAAAUUACCCCGUAGAGUGAGAAUGAGUGUGUGUGCUUGUGCCCUGUGAUGGAUUGGCACCCCAUCAGUGUACUCCACCUUAUGCCCGAGUCCCCUGGCCCUCCUGUGACCCUGUACAGGAUAAGCGGAAUAGUUCAGUGUAGCAGCACCAACACGUCAUGUGACAUGUGUUUUAAUUCCGGUUGCUGUACACUGGCUAGACCUAGUACUGGGGCAAAUUUUCAGCUUUGACCUUUCUGUUGAGUCUAACAUUGCACUUAAUGAAUUUUUGUGUUAUUACAGGAAGCAAACAAACUGUUGUGUUUUUGUAUUUUGUAUCCAUGAUGUAUACUUUAAUAAUAAGGCAGCUGAAUAAACAUAUUUUUCAUUCAAAAUGAGAGCAAAGAAUUUAUCACAUGCAGUACUGUAUAUUUG